GAUAGACAACAAAUUAUAACCAACAGCUGAGCGUCAAAAACUCACUGACAAAUCAAUAUUGUAAUUUAUAUUUUUAUAUUAUGGGCGACGAAGAAUUAAAUUCUAGUAUAAAAUGUGAAACACGCAGGUACAAUGUUAUAAUAAUUGGAGGUGGAAUGGCUGGUCUAGCUGCUGCAAAUUAUUUUAUUAAAAAUGGUAUGGAAGAUUUUAUUAUACUUGAAGCUAGGAAUCGUAUCGGCGGAAGAAUCAUUUCAAUACCUAUGAAAAACCACAAAGUUGAAUUGGGUGCGAAUUGGAUCCACGGGGUUUUAGGCAACCCAAUAUUUGAAAUCGCUACUGCAAAUGGACUUGUAAACAUUAUAAACAUACCUAAGCCACAUAAAGUUAUAGCAGCUACUGAGGAUGGGAAACAAGUGCCUUUUGGUGUUCUACAAGAAAUACACGAAGCAUACGUUUGUUUUCUAAGACGGUGCGAAGAAUAUUUUUUGUGCCAAUACUUACCACCACCUGAUAUCAAUAGUGUAGGAGAGCAUAUAAAUCUCGAAGCAACCAUAUACCUCGAGCGUCUUCCAUCAUCGGAAGAAAAGAAAUUGAGACGCCUAAUAUUUGACUGCCUAUUGAAGCGAGAAACCUGUAUAUCAGGAUGCAAUAAUAUGGAUGACAUUGAUCUUUUAGAAUUAGGCAGUUAUACAGAAUUACAAGGAGGGAACAUAAUGAUUCCCUCGGGUUAUAGUGCUAUUUUGGAGCCAUUGAAAAGACUGAUAGCCCCAGAAAAAAUCUUGACCAAUCAUCCAGUAAAAAGGAUCAUCUGGGAUUCUGAACAACACAAUGCAGCAAGGCAACUAGAUGAUAUGGGUGAGGAAUCAGAAGAUUCUGAUCAAACAGUAAUUGAAGACAUUUCAAGAGCAAAUUCUGAAAAAGCAAAUACUCCUGAUGUGUUGGAAACACUUACAGAAACACCGUUAAAACCAAAGAAAAAGUUAUUGCAUAGUGUUGAGAUUGUUUGUGAAAAUGGACAGAGCUUUUAUGCAAAUCAUGUCAUAUGUACAAUGCCUUUGGGUGUCUUAAAAGAUACUGCUAAUACAAUGUUUGAGCCUGCAUUGCCACAGUACAAAAUGGAAUCUUUAGACAGACUGCUUUUUAGUGCUGUCGAUAAAAUAUUUUUAGAAUAUGAGAGGCCAUUUUUGAAUCCUGAUAUAACAGAAAUUAUGCUUCUUUGGGAAACGCCAUCUUGUCAAGAAGACUUAGCACAGUCUUGGUAUAAAAAAAUUUACUCUUUUAGUAAAGUAUCAGAAACACUGCUACUGGGCUGGGUUUCUGGUAAGGAAGCAGAGUAUAUGGAAACACUCUCUAUGGAAGAAGUAGCUGUUACAUGCACAAAAAUUUUACGCAAGUUUUUGAACGAUCCAUUUGUACCAGAGCCACAAACAUGUGUUUGCACAAGUUGGAAGAAGCAGCCUUACACAAGGGGGUCAUAUACAGCAAUUGCUGUUGGUGCUAGUCAAAGUGAUAUUGAAAGUUUGGCACAACCAUUAUUUAAAAAUGUUCAUGAUAAAAAGCCUAGCUUGCUGUUUGCGGGUGAGCACACACACAGUAGUUUCUACUCGACAGUCCACGGCGCAUAUCUGUCGGGCCAGACGGCGGCCCGGCGCUUGUUGGCUCCGGAUGACUCUCCGGAGAACACAUUGGACUGCCCCGGAACAGCUGACUUGAACACAUGGAUACAAGGCGUACAAUUAGGAUAAAUAUUGUUCAGUUUGUUUGUAUGUUGAAAGUUGUGAAUGAAAUUGGUCCAUAGGAUCCGUUAUUUUGUUUCUUUACAAGGUAAAGUGAUAUGCUAGGCAGUGUUUAACUGCAGUACUAAAUGCACUUACAAUUUUUAUUAUUUAUUGUAGUUGUUGUUUAAUGGCCUUCAAACCAUAGAGCCAAAGAUUUUGUGAUUUUGUUCCUAUACUUGUUUAUUGCGGUCACAAUGAAUUGACAUUGCAUUUAACAGUAAUCUUUUGUAUUUAAUUACAAAAAUUCAUCGAAAAUUGGCAACUAAAUUGUGUUACAAUGAGUGUUUUUUAUCAAGCUUCGAGACAAAUUAUAAUGUUUGUAUUAUGUAUACAAUUACCAUGAGUUAUAAUUCUGGAAAUGUACUUUUGACAAAUACUCCAUACGCAUUCCUUGUAUAAAAUUAAGACGCUCAAUAUUUAACACUCGAAUUAUAAAUAAUCAAGUAACAAUGAAAAAUUAAAGACCCUAUUUAUAUUAUAUGUAUCGUUUGUAUAAAAUGUAUAUAGAUGUCAAAUUUAGUUGAAUUUUACUGGUAUUUUUUUUUUGUCUUUCACACAAGCAUUUUUAGAAUUAGCAGUAUUAAAAUAGGUUAAGUUAUCGUAAAAAUUUGACAUUACCCAUUUUAAAUAUUAAAUUGGAUGUUAUUACAACAAUUGCUUAGUAAAUGAAAUUUAAAUCAAAUAUCUGGUGAGUUCUCUUUGUAGAUUUGGCGAUGUACUUUCUGGUUUAUGUACAACAGUAUAGUAAAAAAGAUGAAUUUGACCCGAAAACUUGUAAAACAUGACAUGAAUUAGUUAAAAUUACUUGUAAUCACCAAUAAUAUAUAGAAAUUUAGCUUAAAAAUUAUAGCGAUGAAUACAAUUCUUGUAUUUAUAUAAGUUAGUGCAUAUAUUACAUGUUUUUGAUUUUCGAGAAAUCAUAGAUUUAGUUUUUCAUAUUUAUGGAUACAUAAAUAAUGUUAAAGCUAUUCAAUUAACAAUGUAGUACUUUUUCUAUAAAUGAAAUGAUGUACAAAGACUCGUUCAGUUCGUAGCUUGUUUUUGCCUAUUGGAUUUUUCUAGUCAGAGCGAAGUUUUUUUUAUGUCGCUUAAAUAAAUCAUACAAAAUUUAAA